AGAGAUGGCAGAGGUACGCAAGUCGUUGGAGCAGAUCCGAAUCUUUACAGAGCACAAAGAUGUUUUGGCUCAGGAGAUACAAGAUGAAAACGAUCAACUCAAGGAUCAGCUGCGACGCCUAAUAUCUCUUCAAGUUUGACGAUCCGGCGGGGAAUCGGCUGAAUCAGUGGUAACUGCUGACUGCUGGACCACACCAGUACAGCACAACUUUGACAACUUGGUUAGGAAUGAGUGGACAUGGGCCGGUUAUAUACUGCAGGGCUGAUGAGGGGCAGUGGAAACAGGUGAGCAGGUGUAUGAGAGAGUCUGAGGGCAUCUGGUGGAUGGAUGGGGAAUUGUUUCAAGUUUUGCAGGUUGGUUUGGUAGGUUGGUUGGCUUGGUGGUAAAAACUGUCCUUGAGUCUGGUGGUGCGUGCAGCCAGGCUCCUGAUGCAGAGGCCUAGGGAAGUGGGAGUGUGGCUGAAAGGAGAGAACAGAAGGGAGACAAGACCCCAGACAACCCCAGUCCACAGAUUUCAGAUUUGAAAGGAAAACCAAGGAGCUGAAAGUUGAUUCUAGGAAAAAAGGAGGCGAAGACACACUCCUUUGUCUACAUCAAUGUAGCUGAGGUGGAGCAAGUGAACAGUUUUAGCUUCAUGGGAAUCAGCCUCGCAAACAAUCUGACACGGUUCUCACACAUCUCCAUUAUGUUGAAAAAAAGAAAAAGAAAUGGCUGAAUAUCUUAAGGAAACCUGAGAAGGUCACCUGCCAAGUUCUUGAUCACUUUUACAGAGGAGCAAAAGAAAGCAUCCUGACUGGAAACAUUACAAACUGGCACGGGAUGUGCACAGCCCAGGACAGGGUGGCUCUGCAAAGGGUGAUUAAAUCCGCCCACAACAUCAUUGGAACACAUCUACCGAGCAUCAGUGAUAUCGUCUGACGAGGUGCCAACAAUACUAACCCCGACCACAUCCUGUUCACCGUGCUGCCUUCUUGCCAGCGCUACAGAAAUAUCCGCUACUGUACCACCAGACUACAGAGCAGCUUCUUUCCUCAGGCUAUUCCCAGAUAAGUGAGGUGGCUAAGAUGCUGUACCAGCAGGGUCUCACAGAGUUGAUUCACAGCAGCCCCAGUGAGCAGGUGGCCUACCUCCUGGUAGAGAGAGCCUCCUUACUUGAGAUUACUGAGAAUCCAAACAAUCUGACGGGUGAUGGAAACACAGCCACCGCGCUUGGGACAGAAGCCCAGGCACUGAACACCAUUGCACACCAGUCUUCCCACAAGGGGGCGCCACGACAUGGCCAGAGCCCAUGGAAGAGACUCUUUGGACUCCACAAAGCUGCACAGAGCAAACAUACUUUCAUCCCUGUUGAGGCCAGGCAUUUGACUGGCCAGGCAAGCAGUGUGGCGAGGGAAUGUUCCCGUCUGGAGCGGGACUUGGAGGAGGGCUCCCGUCGGCUGGCCAUGGCCCACAACGAGAUCCGGCGUAUGACUGAUGAGCUGGAGUCUGCUCAUUUGACCCAAAGAGCUUAUGAGCCUGAGCUGCAAGCAGCCCAGCAGGAGGUCGAGCAACUCAGACAGGAAGUACACAAACUGAAGAAAUAUGAAAUGGUGGAACUGCGAAAGGCCAAAGAGCUGAAUGAUCGCCUGGACCUCGAGAUCAGAGCCUUGAGGAGCAGGGUACGCACUCUGGAUGCUGAGAAAAGCUCUCUGAUACCUGCUGGAAUUAUGGUGGUGUCUCUGCAGGAGAAGGUGGAGCGGCUGGAGUCAGCCCUGCAGCAGCAGCAGCAGCAGCUCACUGUGCAGGUUCAGGACAACAGGGCCGCAGAUCCGGCUGAACCUCAAGCAGCAGAGCUAGCACAGAGCAACCACACCUGCAGAUAUUUACAGGAGGAGCUCACUGCUCAGACAACACUUCUUUGUGAAAAGCAGGAAACUAGGGGGAAGUGGGUAGCAGGUAGCAGGCAGGCGGGUGGACAGGAAGCCAGGGAUCCUGUAGCACAAAAACCACCUCAAGCAGCAGAGCUAGCACAGAGCAACCACACCUGCAGAUAUUUACAGGAGGAGCUCACUGCUCAGACAAGACUUCUUUGUGAAAAGCAGGAAACUAGGGGGAAGUGGGUAGCAGGUAGCAGGCAGGCGGGUGGACAGGAAGCCAGGGAUCCUGUAGCACAAAAACCACCUCAAGCAGCAGAGCUAGCACAGAGCAACCACACCUGCAGAUAUUUACAGGAGGAGCUCACUGCUCAGACAAGACUUCUUUGUGAAAAGCAGGAAACUAGGGGGAAGUGGGUAGCAGGUAGCAGGCAGGCGGGUGGACAGGAAGCCAGGGAUCCUGUAGCACAAAAACCACCUCAAGCAGCAGAGCUAGCACAGAGCAACCACACCUGCAGAUAUUUACAGGAGGAGCUCACUGCUCAGACAACACUUCUUUGUGAAAAGCAGGAAACUGUGGUGUCUUUGCAGAGGGAGGUGGGGAGGUUGGAGUCGGCCUUGCAGGAGCAGCAGCAGCAAGUUAUGCGGGUUCAGGCCAACCAGGCGAAUGAGUUAGCUAAAGCAAUUAAAUUAAAUAAGAGCAAUGAGUCCUGCAGAGAUUUACAAAAUAAGCUCAGCGCUCAGUCGAGAUGCCUUUUGGAGAAGCAGUCAGAAAUACAUUCCCUCAAGCAGCAGCUGGAAACAUCCCCUAAUGACCUGGAUACACCUUUCGAUACCAUCUGCACCAAAGAACACAAUCUUCAGGAUCAAAAGCUGUGGAAGCAAAAAGAUGCAGAUUCACAGCACUUUGAAAACCCUCACGGUCGGGUGAAAGACGAUAAAGAACCACAGACACAGCUGCUGCAUAACAAGGAAAACACACUGCGUAAGGAGUGUCCUGAUUUACAAGAAGCAGUGAAGACUUUGUUGGCCACCCAAGAUGAGUGUGAGACACUCAAGAAGGAGAUCUGUGAAACCCUUAAAUGCCUUGACCAAGAACGGAGUAAAAAACAUGAAAUGAAGGAAAAGCACAAGACAAAACUGUGUCGAGCCAAACAGAAAUAUGACGAUGAAACCACGUGGCGUGACGAGAAGAUAAAAAGUCUAGAGCGAGAACUGUCAUUGUGUUCCCAUUCAGUAGCAAAGGAAAAGCAGCUGACCGUAAGUAUUACUGUGGAAAAUGAGAAACUACUUGUGGAGAGGAGAAGGCUACUACAACAGCUGAAUGAGGAGGAGCACAACAAGAAAGACAGUAAUCUAAAAGGUUCUUUGUCCAAAUGCAGGGUGGAUUUUCUAGAGAUGGAAAACGAAAAACUAGGAAAAAAGAUACUCCACAUGUCCAAUCAGCUAGCUUUCCUGGAACGCAGCCUGCAAAACAUGCAGUCACUCCACUUUGCAGAGGUAACGGGCACAGAACUGAAGAAAACAUGUCAUUUUAUGAAGCUUUUAAAACCCUUCCCUGUGCAAACUUCAAGUGUGAAGAUGCCCGAGCCAUCUGAAAUUCAGGCCUUAUUGGACAACACUGAGGGCAAGCAGACCGACGUGACUUGGUCCCCUCACUGUCUCGUCUCUGGGCCCCUGUCUCGAUCAGCAGAGAUGGGCUACCUGAAUCUGAGCUCCGCUCAGAGACGCUCAGACCGCUCGGCUCACCCACCCCCCCUCAGCAGCUCAGACAGUACGUGUUCUUGAGAUUAUAGUCUAUCGGCUACAUGAAUAUAUUGUACAGAAAUUAUUUUAUUUGUAAGUAAAUAAAUAAAUAAUAG